AUGGAUGGCAACCUCCAAGAAAACAGCGACGGCGGUGACGCGGACCGAAUACAGCCCGCUCACUCAAUAACAGCAGUCACUUCGCCCGACGGGGAGACGCAGGUCGACCCCGAUGGAGACCUCAUACUCCGCGCCGGGUCGCAGACCGCCGGGCCCGAGAGGUCGUUCCGUGUCUGCGCCAGCGCCCUGAGAAGGUCCAGUCCCGUGUGGAAAAAGAUGCUCUUUGGGCCUUUCAAAGAAUCGAAGCCGGCGUUCGGCGUGUGGCAAGUGAGUUUGCCGGAAGAUGACGCCGGGGCUCUGGGGAUCCUCUUGCACAUUGUGCAUGCAAACUUUCUCCUCGUCUCGCAUAAACCGUCGCUGGCGGAACUGUACGAGGUCUUUCGGCUGGCGAACAAGUACGACAUGAUCUUGGCCUUGAAACCCUGGGCCGUCAACUGGCUGGAGGUUGCCGAGGGGUUCUCGGGCACGAUGGACGGGCGCGAGAUGGCUUCGUUGGCGUACGUUGCUUGGGAACUGGGACAGGUCGAGUUGCAGAGGAAGAUGAUGAAGGAGUUGGUCCUCAGCUGUUCCGUGGACGAAGAGGGGCGGAUGACCACCGCUGAUGGAGUUGUGUUGGAUGAGUUUGAUCCCAUUGGCCCGCCUGGAUUGCUUGGUUUCAUGCGGCGACAUCAACAGGAAAUGUUGAAGACUCUGCCGCUUCACCUCAAUUCUGUGAUAAGGGAGCUCACAGACGGGCCGGGGUGCUGCGUGUCAAAGACGAACAACCUGGAAGAAAAGUCAAAUUGCAAUGACAUUAUCCUAGGUAGCCUGAUGAGAGGGAUGGCAAAUGAAAGAGGUUCCAUCACCCUUACUCUUGCGGGUAAGGAUGGCGAAAGCGCUGGCGAGCUGUCUGCAUCCAUUCGGAAGAUUGCUGAAAAGGCGUCAACGUACGAAGGGCAUGUAAAAUGCAACCCUGCAGGCAAAAUCGUCUCAAUGCUGGGCAAGACAAUCAAGGCUCGUACGAUCAAGCUGAACAAGGCGAGCAUCGAAAAGAUGAAUAAGAGGCGCGAAGACUUGGGGCUAGAAAAGUCGACUCCACCAAAGGCAAGUGAUUGA